AUGGAAGAGUUAGACAGAGCAGCCGUAGAGCACAAAAGCAAAAGUGCAGCCAGGCAGCAUGUCAUGAGGCAGUAUGGUGUGAGCGCGUCUUUUUGCUUCAACCUGCAAAAAGACUAUCACAGACAGAAAGUCACUAACUUUCUCGCCAGCACGGGGCGAGGACACAGUGCCAGACAGACAGGCAGCCAUUUGGGUCUCGUGCACCUCGUCAGCAAGUCAACAGGCAGGAGACUGGCUGACCCAGGCAAAGUGCUGGGUAGGCCAGACUUUCUCCAGCCAGUCUGGUCUGAGACCCGUGCUUGGGCCUUGAAUGAGGAAGCCAGCCAGCACGUCCUGACGAGCACAGACCUGCUGAUGGACUUCGAAGAAAGGCUCGACAAAGCCAUUGCAGUCAGGCAGGCAGAACAGGAAAAGGGUCUUCUUGACCAGACAGGUGAGAAGGAGCUGGCAGCCAUGGUGCAAAAGAAAGACUCGCUAGCCAACAAGCCAAAGCAGAGGAGCAAGUACCAGGUCCUGCUCCUCGCAAAGUGCGGUCUUCGAAACAGAUCUUGCCAACAGACAGCCAACCUGAGCAAGGAGGAUGAGAAAGCCAGGCUAGACUUGUCCUGGCGACUUUGGGACUUGCUUUUGGAACAGGCAGCCAGUCCCACGCCACAGUCGGACUUGCCUGUAGCAAGCCCAGAGCAGUGGACGAUAAAGCGAGCAGAGACAGCCAUCACCAUGUCAGAUCAAGUACCUGCUUGGCUCAAGCCAACGCCAGGGAAGGCGUUGACAUCGGUGGUGCGCUUGAAGCUAGCCAGCGAGCAAAGCAAGGCAGUGCAGAACUUCUUUGCGCCAGACAGACAGCCAGUGGGUGUCGUUAUGCCCACGAUACUUGUCACAUACGGCAAACACUGCAGACUUGAAAACAUCAGCCAGGAAGGCACGUGGAUCAAGUCCGAGUGCUUCCAGGUAGGCAGCAAGACAGUCAGGAGAAGGGCAGGCCAGCGAGUGCCAGGACAGGUCAUGCGCACUUGGCGCAAACUGCGACAGACCCAGCCACACCUGUUUGAUGGCAGUGUCAGGGUGUGGUGCCAGCCAGCCGCAGUGGUAGAUAGCGUGAUUUACAGAUGGCAGCUAGAGCUCGAGUCAGAAGAGCACAGCCAGGCAGUGCAGCUCGUCGAUAUGUUCGGCGGAGCAUGGACGACGGAGUCCAUGCACGCCGCUGCACUCCUGCAGCGAGCUCAGACAGGCAUUGCAGCCGGGUGCACCGGCUUGACCCAGGUGACAGACAUCGGGUUCGCCCAGCCAGCCAAGGCAGCUCUCAAAAGGUGGCAGGAAGACUUGAAGCAGCGCAUGCGAGAGAAAGCCAGACAGCAAAAGGUGCAGUGCACCUAUAAGACAGGCAGGCUUCAGGACUGUGGCAGCCAGAAAUGGUGUCUGGACUUCCCUGAAGGCAAUGCCAAGCUAGGCAGCGACCACCUCAGAGACAGGUCUCGUUGGGUGGACAAGACAGGCAAGGUGCUUCCGUGGACAGAGGCAGACAGCAAGACAUUUGAUGAAUCCAAUGCAUUCGAACCCGAGGCUACGUACCUGCUUGGCCAGACAGACAUACACUUGAGCUUCCGAGCGAAGCCCAAUCUCCUUGCUCAGUCAGAAAGAGAGCUCAGAGAGGUCAUUCUGAGACAGGUCCACCCGAACGAGAGGAGACGGCUUUUCCAGGAACAGGUGGACCAGACAACAAGCCAGACAAAGACUGAGAAGCAGCAGAAAAAGGAAAAAAGGAUCAAGAACGCGAAGCAAGCCAAGAAGAAGGCCUCCAAAGGCGACAAGAAGCCCAGCGAGGUGAAGAAGCAGCAGAAGAAAGACCAGGCGAAGAAGGCUCAAAGACGGGCAGCCGAGCCAGGCAGCGAGGGACACUUGCAUGGCAAGCAAGCUCGAGUGAUCGGUGACCUGGCUCCGCAGACGCUGCUGGGCAAGAUCGUGGUGUGUGGAAAGCAGACAGACAGCCAAGUCCUGAUCAAUGCUGAUGGACUUCAUGAAUGGGUCAGCCACACAGACAUUACGCUGGAAGUCAGAGACAGACAGUUUCCGCUGGUUUUGGAUUUUGAGUCUUUCCCCAGUGCUGCAGCCAGUGAGGAAGCGGCAGCCAUCAGAGACAGCCCCGAAGCGAAGGUCAGGUACUAUGACACGUUGCCCGGUGAGGCAGCCUAUAAGGAAGCCAGUGCAGUUUUGAAGGUGCUGCUGCAGACAGCCAAGAAACAGGCCCAGCCUUUGCCUGCGCCAGUCAGUCUGCUCAGACAGACAGACGGCUUCUCCUGCGGCCUCUGGGUCUUGCUGUAUAUGGAGCAGGAGUGGCGGCGGUGGAUGGGUGAGGCCCCGCAGCCACUUUUGAAAGACCUGCCAGCCAGAAGCAGCCAGCUGAACCGCUGGAUUCAGCUGCUGCUGCGAGGCAAAGAGCUAGCCAGACAGAAAGAGAGUCAGCAGCAAGACAGCCAGACAGCAGGAGACACCAUCGUUUUUGGCUGUGCCCACUGCAGUUUUGCUCUGAGUGGCUGCCUUCGCUGCAACAGAACGCAGUUUUUGAAGUAUAUGAGUAGCCAGGCACACAAACAGGCAGAGGAGGCAGCAAAGGCACCCAAGGCCAAGGCCACGACCAAGGCCAAAGCAAAGGCGAAGGCUCUUGGAAAGCCAGGCAGCUCAGGAGCCAUCUCGUGCACAACUAUUUAA